AUGGCGAAAGGAAUGUUGUGGUUUUUGCUGGUAUGCGUUUUCGUAGCGAUCGCAAGAGUUGAUUCCUCCAUUCCAGCCAUUUUCACGUUUGGAGAUUCUACGGCUGAUGUUGGGGAAAACAACUACCUUCCCUUCUCCACCUUCAAGGCUAACUUUUUGCCGUAUGGAAUUGACUACAUUCCGAUGUCUGGUCGCUUCUCGGAUGGGAGGCUUGUCGGGGAUUUCCUAGCUCAGUACGUGGGCCUUAAUCCAGCACCUCCGCUGCACCAACCUAAGGCCAAUUUCAGCACUGGAGUCAACUUCGCAUCGGGGGGUGCAACAAUAGAAAAGGUUUCUAACCCUUUCCAGUCUAUUGGGCUUAGUCGUCAAGCAUUGGAGUUCACAUUAUUCAGCAACAUUUCCCUGUUGAACCGCCAAGUUGAUGCAUUGACUAAGUCUUUGUUCUUUUUCUCGGCGGGAGCCAAUGACAUCAUUGCGUACCUUUACGCUUUUCCACUCUCUGGUUCUUUUCUUUUCGAUCCACUCACAUUUUCGAUAUCCAUACAGAGAUUGUACAGUCUGGGAGCUCGCAGGUUCCUUAUAGCUGGUGUGGGUCCCAUUGGUUGCACCCCUAGUGUCAUGGUUUACACUCAGGCUACAAACUGUAGCCGUGAUGAUUCUGUUAACGUUCUGGCAGCAGCGUUCAACAUGGUUUUGAAUCAGACUCUCAUAGACAUUCAACAGAAUUCACUGCUUCCAAAUGCGACACUACUGUUUGCAAAUCCCUACGACCUUGUGUUGGGAGCAUCAAUCAACCCAGGAAGCUAUGGAUUUAAAGUUGGAAUCGGCGCCUGCUGUGGCCAAGGGAAAUUGAAUGCUGAAGAUUGGUGUGGUCAAAACGGUACUGACGUAUGUUCAGCACCUCAAGACUACGUUUAUUGGGACGGUUUGCAUCCUACCCAAGCCAUAGGUCAUGUUCGUGUUGUUGCUGCUGCUGGAAUCGGGUCGUCUUCAGGCGAUGCGGCAAGCGGUGGCGAGACUGUUAAGGAGCUGAAGCAGCGGCUGCUGCGGGCUGUGGGGGGGACUCAGAGGGGCAAGGCAGCUUCUCCCCAGCAGCGAGAGCAGAUACUGCAACUAAUAGAGAGAUUGGAGGCAGCCAACCCAACGCCCUCACCCAUGCUGUCUCCCCUUCUGGGCGGCACAUGGGCUCUGGUCUACAUCGCUCCCACUGCAGCCUCCGCCAAUACGUUGGAUGCAUCAGAGGAAGGGCCUUUCCUCGCUCGUUUAAAGCCCGUGGUGUUUGGAGGGGUCAGGCAGAAGGCAAGCCUGCAGAUUAUCCUUCCCGACGAGGGCCGGGCAGAGAACGUGGCACUGUUCACAGCAUGGGGAGUUGAUGGCGAGCUGCGGAUAGACGCGGAGUGCAAGGCGCCAGAGCAGGAGAGCAUGCGGGGGGUGCGGUCCACUGUUCGCUUCCUCUCCUUCAAGCUCUCUCUCGGACCCCUCUCCUUCACGCUGCCGCUCUCGCUCAUCUCUCCCACUGGGUGGAUUGACGUGACAUACAUUGAUGAGGAGAUGCGAGUGACAAGGGGCGAUAAGGGCUCUGUGUUCCUUGCCACACGCGUCAAGGCGUGA